CUGGGUUAGUGUGCGCACUACCUGCUCCAGGGACAGAAGACGCAUAGAGAGUAGACUGUCCAAGCACAUUCAUGUGCGCAUGAGCGUCCAAUGAAACAGGUUUUACAACAUCUCUGUCACUCCACCCAAAUCCUGGGAUUUAAAAGGCCCACUCAGGUCAAGCCUGCUGCACUUCCACAGCAUCUCCCAUAGCAUCCACAGAUCGGCUCCAUUCGUCCAUUAUUUCUUCACCAUGAGUCUGAGGAGCAAGAGGAUCAGUUCGAGCAGUUCUGUAAGGAGCAGUGGGAAGCUUGGCGGCUAUGGCGGCUAUAGCACUGGGUUUAGCACAAUGUCCCUUGGAGCUUUGUCACCCAGCUUCAGCACCAGCAGCACCUACUUGGGCGCCCCCAUAGCCAGUAUCUCAGUCAACAAAAGCCUGCUGGCCCCCCUCAACCUGGAUAUCGACCCCAACAUCCAGAUGGUGCGCACUCAUGAAAAAGAGCAGAUGAAAUCUCUUAACAACCGCUUUGCCUCCUUCAUCGACAAGGUGAGGUUUCUGGAGCAGCAGAACAAAAUGUUGGAGACCAAGUGGGAAGUUCUGCAGAGUCAGACCCCAGGCAGGUCUAACAUUGAGCCCAUGUUUGAAGCCUAUAUGGCCAACCUGCGCAGACAGCUUGAUGUGGUCAACAAUGACAAAAUCAAGCUGGAUGGAGAGCUGAGGAACAUGCAGGGACUGGUGGAAGACUUCAAGCACAAGUACGAGGAAGAGAUCAACAAGAGAAACAACCUAGAGAAUGACUUUGUAAUUCUGAAAAAGGAUGUAGACUCUGCAUACCUGGUGAAAGCCGAUCUUGAAGACAAAGUGGGUGCUCUGACUGAUGAGAUCAACUUCCUCAAGACUAUUUACGAUGAGGAGCUGCGUGAGAUGCAGGCCAGCAUCAAGGACACCUCCGUCAUAGUGCAGAUGGACAACUCACGCAACCUCAACAUGGACCAGAUAGUGGCUGAGGUCAAGGUCCAAUAUGAGGAGAUCGCAGCCAAGAGCCGUGAAGAAGCUGAGGCCUGGUACAAGUCUAAGUAUGACCAGAUGGCCAGCCAGGCCACACAGUACGGGAACGAGCUGAGGAACACCAAGGCUGAGAUCGCUGAGCUCAACCGCAUGAUCAGCCGUCUGCAAAGCGAAAUUGAGUCCAUCAAGGCCCAGCGCACUAACAUGGAGAACCAGAUCGCAGAGGCAGAGGAGCGUGGCGAGCUGACCGUGAAGGAUGCCAAAGCUCGUAUCAGAGACCUGGAGGAGGCGCUGCAGAGAGCCAAGCAGGACAUGGCACGCCAGCUGCGGGAGUACCAGGAGCUCAUGAACGUCAAGCUGGCACUGGAUAUCGAGAUUGCCACUUAUAGGAAGCUGCUGGAGGGCGAGGAGGACAGAAUUGGACAGCAGGCCGUUGUCAACAUUCAAUCCAUCCCCAGUUACAAUAACAGUGUGUCAUACAGAGUCUGAAACCACAUAAGCAAGUUGGUUUGAGAUCACUAAAGAUAUUUUGAGGCUCCAAAGGAAUGAACGGCUACCAGCAGUUCAGCUCUCCAUCCCCUAAACUACUGAUCAAAACCACCGAGGUUAGAGACAACACCAGAUUCAGUACACACUGAAGUGUCAGUAUAAAAUAUGAUAUCAAAUAGCUUAAAGAAACUGUUGUAAAACUAACUGUAGGUUCAUUUUACGUUACAGUUAUUACAAGAAACUAUAGCUAUAUGCAUUUUCUGUAUCAAUAAAGAUGUUAUAAACUUGAUAUAGUACUCUAGCAAUUAAAGCGUUACGAAAAACAA